AUGUGUGCGCCUGUGCUGCGUCAAAGUCAGGCUCUGUGCGCCAUCAUGCGUCCUUAUGCAUUUGUCUGCUGUUCAGGAGGAAACGCUGGUAUGGCAGCUGCUUAUUCUGCCCGCCAGCUCGGAGUUCCUGCCACCAUCGUGGUUCCAAGUAUCACCCCCAACCAGACGGUGGAGAGGCUGAAGGACCAGGGGGCAAUUGUUGUUGUUCAUGGAGAGGCUCUGAAUGAAAGCAUUAGUUACGGACAGCAGCUUGUGGCAAACAAUCCAGGCUGGAUAUUCGUCUCCCCCUUUGAUGACCCGCUCAUAUGGGAAGGACACACGUCUUUGGUGAAGGAGCUGGAGCACGAUCUGAAGGAGAAGCCUGGAGCCAUCGUGCUGUCGGUGGGAGGCGGAGGCCUGCUGAACGGAGUGGUGGAAGGACUUCGCCGCGCCGACUGGGCUGACGUGCCAAUCGUAGCCAUGGAAACCGUAGGAGCACACAGCCUGAAUGCAGCAAUGAAUGCUGGAGAGCUUGUCACUUUACCUGCCAUCACAAGUGUUGCAACCACACUGGGCCUGCUGAGGGUGUCGGCUCAGACAAUGAAACUAGUGAAGGAACACACGGUUUUCUCAGAAGUGGUCUCUGACCAGGAGGCUGUGAGAGCUGUUGAACACUUUCUGGAUGAUGAAAAGAUCUUGGUGGAGCCAGCCUGCGGUGCCGCUCUGGCAGCUGUGUACAGUGACAUUAUCAAAAGGCUGCAAGUCGAGGGCAAGCUGGCACAGCACCUGGGCCCAGUGGUGGUGGUUGUGUGCGGCGGUAACAACAUCAGCAUGGAGCAGCUCCAGAGGCUGAAGAAGCAGCUCGGCAUGAUCUAGUGUCACUGACCACCCUGGGUCUUCCUGACAUUUCUGUCUCAGUCUCUCUCUCUCUCUCCCCCUCCCUCUAUCCUUUCACCAAUCUCAGUCCCUAAACGCUGUUAUUCAUGUACCCCACAGAUCGAAUCAUUCCAGACUGAAACUCUCAGGAGCACUGACACUGACUGAAAUGAGAUGAGAUAGUGAGAAUAUAAAAAAAACAAACAAAUAAACAUCAGCUUUAGUGGAUAUAAGAUAAAGAAAACUGACACAUUGAGUUUGCAUACGUUUUGGCUCCUUGCUUGUAAUAAUGCCUGUGUGUUAUUCAGCUUUUUUAUUUGUACUCACAUUAAUAAAUUAUAUUUCUUUGUCUUCUUA